UGGACUUUUCUUUUUUUUCUGUUGUUGUCUUCUUUUCUCCUUUGUUCCUUUUCUUUUUCUAUCCUUUACCUUUAUGAUCAGUAAAGCUUUAUUAUCCAAUCAUUGUUAUCGUCAUCGUAUUUAUUUCGCUAUACCUAGAAUCUUUAUGGAGCCAACAGUAUCUCAACAGUCUAUUAGCCAAUCGAUUACAUCUUUGACGAAUACACAACUAAAACAAUCGAACAAUUGCCUCGAUCUUGAAGAUCAAGCUAGAUUGCUUCCUUCACUGCCUAUUCCUAAGCGAUGGAAACAUUUAUCCUUCACAACUGAAAGGUCAUUCAGUACAAAUGUUCCAGCUUCAAAGCAAACAACAGUACAAGUCAUACCAGCUAGUCAAGUACAUCAUCAUCAACACAAGUUCAAACCAAGCCAGACAGUAAAGAAAGUAUCUCUACCAAAGCCGAUAAGAAAAGCAUUCUACCAAAAAGAACCUUCACCACUGGAACUAUACCUGACUGGUCUACCUCUUAUUGAACUUCCUCCUCACUAUUCUCUUAUUUGCACAAAAUCGAAGAAAGAUGCCGAUGAAACAUUGUCAAAAAUGAUCAGUGAAGAAUCUGUGUUUGGUUUGGAUAUGGAAUGGCGACCUACUUUCCGAAAAUAUGCACCUGAAAACAAAACUGGAUUAAUACAAAUCUGCGGUGCAUCUACUAUCCUUCUUAUACAAGUAUCUCAAAUGAAUGGACUACCGGAUGUAUUACGAAAAUUUCUUGUAGAUCGUUCACUUUAUAAAGCAGGUGUCAAUAUUCGGGGUGAUGGUGUUAAAUUGUACAGGGACUUUAAUGUGCUUACGGAUGGUUUAUUGGAUCUUCGACCUAUCUCUACCUUGGCAAUGGCUCAAUCACCUACAGAACAGCAAUUUACAAGUAAAUCUCUUCGUGCUUUAACUGGUAUCUUUCUGGGAACAAACAUGCCAAAAGGAUCUGUAAGGUUAAGUAAUUGGAAUACUGCAAAACUUAGUGAAAAACAAAUUGAUUAUGCCGCAAAGGAUGCCUAUGCAUCAUAUGCUUUAUAUCAUACCAUGAUGGGUAUUGCCAAAAUUGAAAAAACAAAAUUAUCUCUCUAUCACCUGUCCACCGAACCGUUCUGAUUUUUUUUAUACAUUGAAUUUGUUGAUUAUCUCCCCAUUUUCUCCUACUUAUUGGUCACUAUACUAUCAACAAAUGCAUUUACAUGUCAUUCAUCAUCCAUCAUCCAAUUUUCGUUGAUAUCAUCCAUUUAUUCGACUACAAAUGGCAUACGAUGAUACCAGGAUAUAGAUUUAGAAUCCAUACUAUAGUUAUAUGAGUAUUACCCGACAAAAUUGGAACAGUGACGAUUCUCUGUAUAUAAAAC